CUGCGCAAAGCCUGAGGUGAGGAACACUACCACAAAUAGCAGCGCAGUUGAGACUGUGCAGCGGAGCUGGCUGCUCCCUCUAUAGCUAAGGACCUCCAAUUCCUUCAUCGUCUUUUCAACACCUCUCAACAUGCUUCUGGCCAAGAAACUAAUUGGUGGCCUCAUAGAUGUCGUAAGCACGAUUGACAUCAAUCAGUUUGUGCCUUCAGACCCUCCUCCACCUCGUAGGCCACUGGCGUAUGCAGAGCAGAAUGAGACUGAAGAGGAAAGGCAGUUCCGAAGAGUCUUCCAACAGCUUGCUGGUGAUGACAUGGAAGUGAGCCCCUGUGAGCUGCAGAAGAUUCUGAACUCAAUCCUCAAAAAACAUGCUGAUUUGAAGACAGAUGGCUUCAGCACUGAGUCCUGCAGGAGCAUGGUGGCAGUCAUGGAUUCUGACAGCACAGGUAAACUAGGCUUCCAUGAAUUCAAACAUCUAUGGAACAACAUCAAGAAAUGGCAGGGGAUAUACAAGCAUUAUGAUCAAGACAGAUCUGGAGUUAUAGGUGCAGAUGAGCUGCCUGCUGCCUUCAGAGCUGCAGGUUUCCCUUUGAAUGAUGAGCUGUUCCGGAUGCUAAUUCGUAGAUACAGUGAUGAAAAUGGUAACAUGGAUUUUGACAACUAUGUUGGCUGCCUCGUGAGGCUGGAUGCCAUGUGUCGUGCCUUCAAAACUCUUGACAAGGACAACAAUGGAACUAUUAAGGUCAACAUUCAAGAGUGGCUGCAAUUGACCAUGUAUUCCUAAGGAGAAAUGUAAGAAGGUGAUAUACCUGGAGGAUGCCCUAGUGAAACAUUUCAUCAUCUUGUCAUAGUUAUAUACUCUUUAGUAUAUUUGCUUUGUUCCAUAGUCUCCUGCAUUUGUUUUGUAAUGAAGGACACAAGAUGCAGACCUUGUUUUAUGCAGUAUUUCUUAAAAUAUCUAUGUCACAAAAGUCUGAAGUCUUUUUUUUAAAAAAUGUUUAGUACUUAGAGUGGAAUCAUUAUUUAUAGAACUAACAUGGCAACUGUUUCAAAUACCUUCUAACUUUUCAUAUAGUUUUCCUCCUUAUGAAACAGUUUUUAACUAAUUUAACUUUCUGUUGAAAUAUCUCUGCUAUAUGAUACUUUGGAGGGCUGCACUGUAUGCAUCUCUUCAACAAAGGAAAAUGGUCAAAUAAUGCUUUACAGUUUAAUUUCUAUUUAAUAAAACUAUGCAUUCAUCUCUAAUGAAUAAGGUGGAUGAUACAUACACCCUGCGGUCCACAAAUUCUUGGAAAACAAGAAUUGCAAAGUAUUUGAUCAUAUGAAACAUAGAAGCUGUAUCAAGCUAAUUAGAGGGGAGCAUGCAUCAAAUAUGCAAAAAUGGGCUUGCUUAUUUUUCAGUGACUGGUGUACAUUGCAGUAAAAAUAUUUUUUGAUUUUGCACGCUUGUCACAAGUAUUCCUCCAAUAAAAAAGAGCCUUGUUUUAA